AUGUCAACAACUAGCACCGCACUCCCUCAUGCGAGCGCUUUCCCAGCUACGCCAUACAAACCCAAGUAUGACCGCUGGCCAUACGAUGCGUCCGACUUUCGGCGGUACGAUGAAGACGACGAUGGCGUUUUCUACCAGCAGGCCCGACUUGUAACGCACAUCGACGACCCAUCUAUCGAACGAUUGACUGAGUACUAUGAUGGUGUGCUCCCACGAGCUGGCAAGAUCAUCGACGUCUGCACAAGUUGGAAGAGUUUCUAUCCGUCCGGCGUGAAAGAAGCAAUCCAAAAAAAGAGUCUGGAAGUCUUUGGCGUUGGUCUAAACGCGGAGGAGAUGAAGAUCAAUGGCGUCUUUCAAGGUGCAAGUCACUGGAAGGUGAUGGAUCUGAACAAGCCGCCACACGACGUGAAGGCUGGCUGGCUCGGAGACGACACAAAGUUUGAUGCGGUAACAUGUGUAGUCAGCAUCGACUACCUGAACAAGCCUCUCGAAGUGUGCAAAAAUCUUUGGAAUGCGACGAACGAGGGUGGCCAAAUACACCUGGUGAUUAGCAACCGCUGCUUUCCAAACAAGGUCGUUGGACGAUGGAGGAUUUUAUCCGAGCAGUCGAGACUGGAGUUCGUGGGUGACUAUUUGCAUUUCUCGGGCUGGAAGGAUGUAGAAAUCGUCGACUUGUGUGCGCGAGACGCGAACGGGAAGCGCCUUACAGAUGACCAUGGAACGGUCCUUGUCAACUCGCGGCAUUUGCCCAGUCAUCUUGAUCCGUUGUGGGUCGUCCGUGGUACGAAGAAGACUUCAGUAUAG